AUGCCACGUAAGCUACGUAAGAAUAUACGUAAGAGGAAGAGAGCAUUGAAACAUCCAAUAGUAAAACUAACACCACAACAACAGUUGCAACAACAAAUGCUGAAUGACCCCACUAUGUUGCAACAAAUGUCAAGCAACCCUAUGCUUUUAAACCGAGUUAUUGGUGCACAGAGUGGAGGUUUAAGAGCGGCACUUUUAGCGAAAAUGGCAGGCUAUGGUGGAGCUGCAGACGGAACAGCCUAUAACCCUCAAAGUCAAAUGAAUUUGAGUUCACUCAAAAAUCAAAUAACAGAUGUCAAAAAGUCAAACAUAGACAUACAGAAGCAAAUAAGUGAAAACGAAAAGAAACUAGAAUAUGACAGACACACAAAGAAACUAAAUGAGUUAAACGUAGAGAAAAAGAAGAAAGAAGAACAACUGAAAGAACUAAGUACAGAGGAAUAUGCAAAAAAAGUGUCAGAAAAAGCAGCAGAAGUAGCAAAAAUGGAACAAGAUGUCAUAAAUUUGAAAAACCAUACUACUCAAUAUAAAGUACUGAAAGAUGAAGAGAUAAAACAAAAAGCCCUGAAGACAUAUAUGGAUAGCGAUGAGUAUAAAAAAGAAGUUGAAGCAAAUGUAAAGGCAGAAAAACUUUUACAGUUGCAAAACCAAACCGUACAGUAUGA